AUGUACUUCAAGAUAGUUUUGUUCACCUGCGCUGCAAUUGCAACGGCCAACGCUGGAUAUUUGGGAGCAGGUCUUCGGUAUGCGGCACCUAUCGGAUUUGCUGCACCAGCAAUCGGGUACGCUGCACCGGCAAUUGCUCGAGUUGAGCAUUUGGCGCCUGCAGUAUCGUCCGUGCACCGAACCGAGUUGUUUACGGCUCCAAUUGCAAGAACCUCACUCGUCGCUCCUGCCAUACGCACCGUGGCCGCUGCCCCAUUGAUUGCACCAGCACCUCUUCUUCGCACCGGAUACCUAAAUCACGGUUUUGGAUACGGUAUAGCAUCAGGCUCCUAUGGGUUUGCAAGAUCGCUUCCAUUGGGAUACGCUGGAGCAUAUCGGGCGGGGUGGUAG